AUGAAGAAUUCAGCUAUGAUAGCCACGGGAAAACGUUUCUUUCCACUCUGUACAAAAUAUCUCACACACAGAACCAAACUUUCGCCUGAUAGUGUAUUAAUCAAACGAGUAUUAAUACACAUGUUAUUUCUCUGGUCGAGAGAGCCAGCCCCGGCACCGAGAGCCGGCCCCUGGUUCGCGUGGUUCGCCACAGCGUUGGUACUCUGGCGUUGCCGAAGAAGCGUCGUCAAGGCGAUUCUGGCUGCGUCGCCGUUAAGGUUGCUGAAGAGGCGCAAUCUUCUGCCCCAGACUUCCUCGAAGGCCUCGUCCACGGCGACGCUGACGAAACAACGGCUGAGACCGGAAAAUUCGAUGCUGCAGCGGAAACACAGGCACACGGGCAUCAGAACGAAAGUGAAACGACUGUGCACCGGCGACGGGCCGCACGUGACCAGCUCGACAUUCACGAUCCAGAGCCAACAAAUUCAUUAUAAAGUGACGAGAAGCGGCAAAAUAUACGGGAAAUAUCCGAACAAAGUCGCCACGCCGAUGACCAACGGCCAGGGAAACCAUUGA